AUUACAAAAAAAGUGACGAAUAAGCAAAGAUUUAAUGUCAUCCACUAAAAAGCAGUUCUCAUCCAAACUAUCAUCAUAGAAUCACUUAUGAUAUCCCCGUUAAAGAAACGAGCCUGAAUACAAAACUCAAUUGCAUGACGGAUGGCCAACAGUUCUACAGAAAGGACACUCACAGCAAUUUGUAACUGGUAUUGCUAAAGCUCCUAAUAACUCACCUCUACAGUUUCUAACAACCACACCUAUACCCACUCGACCAGAGCUACCCAGAGUUGCAGAGGAGGCCGGAGCUAAUAUUAGCAACCAAGUCAAACUCAAACCCACCCGGAAAAAACUACAUUAUGAGACAGAAUCAGAAGCAAAAGGAGAAUGACGGCAAAGCCGUCGUGGAUGUUCCACUUCUAGCCGACUUCAAGUCGUUGGAUCACCAAAACGCACAAACUGGAGCGUCGUUCACCGGCUCCAUCUUCAACAUCUCGACGACCAUGAUCGGCGCCGGAAUUAUGUCGAUUCCGGCGACAAUGAAGGUACUGGGUAUCGUUCCUGGGUUCGUACUGAUUCUUGUGGUGGCUUUCUUCGUGGAAGUGACGGUUGAGUUCCUGUUGAGGUACACUCACUCCGGUGAGUCAAACACAUAUGCUGGUAUGGCGGCCGAGUCAUUUGGUCGCUUUGGCUCUGUGACUGUUCAGAUUUGUGUGGUCAUCACCAACCUUGGCUGCCUCAUCAUUUACUUUAUUAUUGUUGGGGAUGUGUUAUGUGGGACUGAGUCAGACGGGACAGUGCACUUGGGAGUUCUACAAGAAUGGUUUGGUGUGCACUGGUGGAAUUCUCGUGCUUAUGCACUUCUCUUCAUUGCCGUCUUUGUUAUGCUUCCUUUGGUCAUGUUAAGAAGAGUAGAUUCACUAAAGCACAGUUCAGCAGUAUCGAUCUUGUUGGCUGUGUUUUUUGUUGCUGUAAGCUCAGCAAUGGCAAUAUAUGCAUUGUUCAAAGGGAAGACUCAGAAACUGAGACUAUUUCCAGAUUUCUCUCAAGUCUCAGUUUUCGAUCUUUUCACCACCAUCCCAGUCUUUGUAACAGGUUUUGGAUUCCAUGUCAAUGUUCAUCCAAUCAGAGCUGAGCUUGGUAAGGCUUCUGAUAUGAAACCUGCUGUUAGGAUUUCCAUUGUAAUCUGCAUCGCUAUCUACUUCGCUAUUGGAUUCUUCGGCUACCUACUGUUUGGAGACUCAAUCGUGGCAGACAUGCUAGUAAAUUUUGACCAAAACUCUGAUUCAACAGUUGGACAAAUUCUCAAUGACAUUGUUCGAUUAAGCUAUGCAGUCCAUCUCCUGCUGGUUUAUCCAGUAAUGAACUUUUCUUUGAGGGUGAAUAUAGAUGAACUUCUUUUCCCAAAGAAGCCCGAUUUGGCUUCAGACACUACAAGAUUCGUAUCCAUGACUUGUGUUUUGCUUGCCCUUACAUACAUAGUGGCAAUAGCCGUUCCAAACAUUUGGUAUUUCUUUCAGUUCAUGGGUUCCACAACCAUAGUUUGCCUCUCUUUCAUUUUCCCAGGCGCUAUCAUUCUUAGGGAUGUUCAUGGAAUAUCAACAAGAGGAGAUAAGAUCAUUGCUAUUUUGGUGAUUAUAUUGGCUCUUGUGACAAGCAUAAUUGCAAUAUCCACCAAUCUGUCUGGUUCAGAAACCUAAGUCGUUUUGACGUUUCUCUUCCCUAUCAAUAUGUUAUAGUACAAAUAUACAUAUGUUAAUUCUGUGUUGCAGUUGGGUAAAGUGAAAGCAGAUUUUCAUGAAUUGGGCUUAUGUUUUUAAGAGCCAGAAAAUCUGCUCCAGUGUACUCUUACUAUUACUAAUAGUUUAGGACCACCGCUAUGACAGCUUGUGGUGAAUAGUGGGAGCUUCACAAAUUGGUCUCUGUUUUUAAUUCAAUAUGACUAAAAAUUUUCUGCAAGUUAUAUUAAUGUGAUUAUAAGAAUUUUCAGUUCCU